GAAGACAAAAUACGAGAACAUCCGAAAACAUCCAACAUGGCUGCCCUUGGAUUUAAGGGUUUGACGCGGACAGGACUUGUACUGUUUACGGUCGGUUUGGCGUUUGGUUUCUUUUUAACAUACUUUUUUACAACGACACGGUCAUGGACACCGCUAAAUACGGGACAUAUGUCUCGUGCACAAUACGUGAAGAACCUGAUACCACUUCGUCCCGAACACCACAUGGACAAUGAUGAGACGGGCCCAGAUAAGUCGGUGUCCUGGGUGGAUGAGGCGUUUCACAGCCACGCAGGUGAAUCAGAUGCAGAAGCAAAGAUGUUAUCAAAGAAGGUUCGUGUUCUGUGUUGGGUAAUGACUGGGCCUAAUAACAUUGAGACCAAGGCUAGACAUGUGAAAGCAACGUGGGGUACACGCUGUAACAAACUGAUCUUCAUGAGUUCCCAAGAGGUUAAAGAUCUACCAGCUGUUGCUCUGCCGGUUAAAGAAGGGCGAGAUAACCUCUGGGCUAAGACAAAAGAGGCGUUUAAGUACAUCUACAAACACCACAUGAAUGAUGCCGAUUGGUUCAUGAAAGCUGAUGAUGACACUUUCGUUAUUGUGGAAAAUCUGCGACAUUUUCUAAAUGACAAAAUGUCUGAGACUCCAGUGUAUUAUGGGCGGCGAUUUAAGCCUUAUGUUCGACAAGGCUAUAUGAGUGGUGGGGCUGGGUAUGUUCUUAGUCACAAAGCGGUACAGCUUCUGGUGGAAAAGGGAAUAGAUGACAGUUCUGUUUGUCGAUCCGAUGAUGGAGGUGCAGAAGACCUGGAACUAGGACGAUGUAUGCAGAAACUUGGAAUAGAGGCAGGCGAUUCGAGGGAUGAAAUGGAGAGAGAGAGAUUUAUGCCAUUUGUCCCUGAACACCAUCUAAUACCUGGUAUACUCCCAAAAGACAUGUGGUACUGGAGCUACAGCUUCUACCCAGCCAAACAGGGGCCAGACUGCUGUAGUGAUUACGCCAUUACCUUCCAUUAUGUAAACCCAAACAUGAUGUAUGUGCUGGAGUACCUAGUGUACCAUCUAAAGCCCUACGGCUACAACACUGUCAGUCAGGUACAGUGCAAAGGUCAGGAAGAGGUCAUACAAAGGUCACAAGGUCAGGGCGAGAAGAAAGCAGCAGUUGAAGAAACAGAAAAAGAAAUAGCAAAAGAGGAACAUAAAGAAAAAACAGAUGAACAAGUCAAAGAAAAUGAAGAGAAACAAAACGAAGAAACUGGAAAAAUAAAUGCACAUGAAAAGGAUCAAGAAAUGAAAGAAGAAAAUCAGGAGCAAAAUGUGGAAGAAAAAGCUCAUGAGAAUGAAGCUGAAAAAGAAGAAGAAAAACAAGAAAAUACUGAUACAAAGGAUAUAAAGAAAAAUACUGAAACCGAUAACAAAGUCAAACCUGAAGAAGAAAAAGUAGAAAUAGAUGAAGAAAGAUUUCAACAGAUAACUAACAAAAUUAUUGAAAAGGAGAAUAAAGACAAGGUGGACAUCAAUAAUGUAAAGCUUUAUCAGGUGGACGCAGCAGUGAAUACAGACGAGGAAAUCAAAAAACCAAAGGAAACAAUUGAUAAUGUAAAGUUAUACAAACCAAUAAAUAGCUAACAUUAAAUUCAGAGCAUGAUACACGAUAUUUUUGUUAUGCAAUGGAACUUGUAAAUAUGUUUUAUUUUGUAAUAUUAUUCAGUUAAAGUCCCGUUUCAUGAUCAGCAUUACAGUAUUGUUCCUGGACAAUAUGAAUGGAUUUAUUUAUUGUACAAAUGUCUAUAUAACAUGUACAUGUAAUGAAUA